AGUUCAGAACGAGGCUCCUCUUCGCUUAGAAUCGAAAGAUAUGGCGGAAGUAAAUUUGGUGGCGAUUAUUUGGCUUGUUGGAAAACUUUCGAUGCUCAAUUGAUUUUGUGUGAAAACCCUAGAGCAGUCGAGACGUAAUACGCGAAUGGAGCAAGACCUUGACAAUGUUGAACGUGAAAAAUCAGCCAUCGAUGAGAUAACAAAAACCUUGAAUGAAGUCCACUUCGCUAGCACGAUCAAGUUGAACGUUGGUGGUAAAAUUUAUAAAACAACACUGGACACUCUGAGAAAGGAUCCGGAUUCCAUGCUGUGUGCGAUGUUUUCUGGAAGGUUUGAGUUAAAAGCGGACGAAGACGAUGGAGCAUAUUUUAUUGACCGUGAUGCUGAACUUUUCCGGUACAUCUUGAACUACCUCCGCAAUAAUGAACUCCUUUAUCCAGAUGACAAAAUAACUCGAAGGCAGCUUCUUACAGAGGCAAAGUUUUAUCAGAUCCAAGGAAUAGUAGAUCAACUGGAGGAGGAAAUUUUUCCAUCUUCUGUGAUAUUAAAGGACAAACUGUCCUGGUUACCACAUGGUGCAAGCUGUUCACUGUUGUUCCGAGCUUCUGAUGAUGGUAAAAGACCAGCAGACUUUCAUCGUUGCUGUGAUAACAAAGGUCCUACUGUUGUGCUGAUAAAACAUGGAGAAUUCAUCCUUGGUGGUUAUACCUCAAAAUCAUGGCAAGGAGACUCAACCAGACCCUACCCUAUACCAGAUAGUCAAUCUUUUCUUUUCAUACUGUUUAAAAUUUCUGGAAAUGAACGGAUGAUGAAGAUAACUCCUAAACUGGGUGCUUAUGGUGGAAUCAUUUGUCGCUCUGAUAGAGGGCCAAGCUUUGGUUCCCCAAAAGGCUGUGAUCUUGAGGUGCUACAGGACACAGAAAGGUUUGGGUCUGAUACCUUAGCAUGCAAGCUUAGUUUAGGUUAUGGCUUUCAGUCUCCUAAACAUCCUAAAAAGAGUAUUUUAACCAGUGGGUUGCCUUUUAAAAUAGAUGAGCUGGAAGUAUUUCAUAUUGAAUAUUAGAUUCACUUUGUAUCUGGUUUCAUUUAUGGACAAAAUAAUCAAAUCUAUGGAUAGAGUAAUCACUGACUGAGUGUUCGAUGUUCCAUUUCAUAAAAAGCUGUCAUAAAACAUUUCAUUUCGGUUGCGAUCAGCAUAAGAGAUAAAAACAAACAGUUUUAUCAUUUAAAUGAUGGUGGACUGUUCCUAUUGAAUAUUCAACACCUGUAAAUUCUCAAAUCAGAUUCCUUUUUUGCCUUGUGUCUUUUCUUGAUCACAACCUUAUUGUAGACAAACAUGUGGAAAAAUCACUUGUCUGUCUUUAUAAAGAAUGCUCUAGUUAAACCAUUGAUGAACUGCAACAGUAGAUGUGCUUUGAGAAUGAAGCAUGGACUUGUAGCACUGAGUUUGUUUCAAAAUACAUGCAAAAUUCUAUUGCCUAUAGAGGGACUGUCCUCUGGAACCCGAGGGGUUACUCCCUAUAAUUGCCUAUACCAGGAGGCUCCACCCAAAAGGGUACCUUUUUUAGGCUUCAGGUACAUAAAAUGGUAGGGAUUUCACAAGUUGAGGUAUGUGAAAGGGUAGGGAAAUCUGUCAUUUUAAGUUAUUUUAAAUGGUCUUUAAUUGAAACAUUUCUAACAGAUGCACCUUAAUGUCACUGUGAGUACAUGAAAAUGACAAGAAGACUUCCCUAAUCCUUUUUUGGUGAUUUAUUCAUAAUAUGUGCCAGUUAAGAAAGUAUGUGAAAGGCCUUCCAUUUUUCGAUUAAAAGUAUACGAAAGGGCACCUUUUCUGUCAAAAUGGUAUACAAAAGGGUAAAGGGUUGGACCUCUGGGCAAAGCCUCCCUGUAAAGAACUUUGUUCAGUACCCUCCUCCUCCCCCCCC